UAUACUCACAUAGUGGCCAGUUUUCUAUGUCCUUGGUAGGUUCAAACUCAUGACGUUCAAUUGAAGAAUUGGACUUUACUGGUGAGGUUGGAACUCGUGAAAUUCAAGUGAAGAAUCGGACAUUGACCAGUAGACCACCAUUGUUGGUCUAUUAGUUGACACGUUGAAGAAAGUAAUUAUUCGACUAAUGUGCACAUGAUAGGAAGUAAAACUGAUAGCGUCCCCUGUUUUGCUGGAAUUCUCGAACACAGUUUAAAUGAUUAGAAAUUCUAUUGAAGGGCAGUAAAUUCAAUCUAGUUUUAUGGUAUGAGCAAAUAUAAUAUGUAGCCUUAGGCAUUUUCAGAUAUCUUUUGCAAAUUGGAUGGGGACUGGUAAAAAUUGUAAGGAUGAGGCUGCAGAGAGGGACUAUUGCUUCAAACUCUCUGUCUGGUUGUAGAGAAGUCAAAGUUGUGUGCUACGUUGUUUAUCUUGAGCAAUGAUUUGUUGGAGGAUUCUUUGUUCUCUGCUUGUUGUUCUAGUCCAAGUUUUUGGCACAGCAGCUCGGACAAAUACAGAUGAUUUUGUUGCUCUAGAGGCCCUGAAAGACGUAUGGAAAAAUCUUCCACCCAGUUGGGAUGGUGAUGAUCCUUGUGGAAAUGAUUGGGAUGGAAUUAGCUGCAGCGAUGAUCGCGUUACUUCCAUCUCAUUAGGGAGCAUGAAUUUAAAUGGUCAGUUAUCAUCCGACAUCCAAAAAUUAUCUGCACUGGUGAUUCUUGAUCUAUCAUAUAACAAUUUGAACGGAGCGCUUCCUACAUCGAUUGGAAAUUUGAAGAAGUUGACGACCUUAAUCCUUGUUGGUUGCGGGUUGUCUGGUCGAAUACCAGACUCAAUAGGAUCUUUACCAGAGUUGCAAUUGCUGUCUCUUAAUUCGAACAACUUUGUUGGUCCGAUACCGCCUUCCAUUGGCAAUUUAUCAAAACUGUAUCUGCUGGAUUUGACUGAUAAUAAGCUCAGCGGAACUAUCCCUGUCUCCAAGGGAAGCACACCUGGUCUUGAUAUGCUUGUCAGCGCCGGGCACUUCCAUCUUGGAAAGAACCAGCUGUCUGGUGAAAUACCGCCUCAGCUGUUUAGCUCAAAAUUGACCCUUAUACAUUUGCUUCUCGAAAACAAUAGGCUAACUGGAAGCAUCCCUUCCUCACUGGGGCUUGUGCAGACUCUGGAAGUUGUACGGCUCGAUAGGAACUCUUUGAGUGGAUCUGUUCCGGAAAAUCUCAGCAACCUCUUACGCGUCCAGGAACUUUUCUUGGCAAACAAUUAUUUGACUGGACCAUUGCCCAACCUAACUGGCAUGACAUCGCUCACUCAUCUGGACAUGAGCAAUAAUUCAUUUGAUGCAACGGAUUUUCCCCCAUGGUUUUCAUCUUUGCAGUCUUUGGCUGCACUGAUAAUGGAUGAUACACACAUUCAAGGGCAACUUCCAGUUUCCUUGUUCGACAUUCCUUGUUUGCAAACUGUAUCAUUGAAGAACAAUCAACUAAAUGGUACAUUAAAUAUUGGCUCUGACCAUAGCGACGAACUGGAGCUGAUUGAUCUACGGAACAAUUCCAUCGAGGCGAUUACUCAAAGAGCUGGUUAUAGUAUUGAAAUUACACUUGUGGGAAACCCAAUAUGUAAUGAAGGAGGAACAGAGAAAUACUGCACCAUUCCUCAGCAGCAAAAUUACUCAACGCCACCAAAAAGCUGCACACCCCUUCCCUGUGAUUUGGACAAAACUUCUAGUCCCACCUGCAGAUGUGCAUAUCCUUACUCUGGCACCCUGGUUUUUAGCGCUCCUUCUUUCGCUAGCUUUGGAAACACAAGUGUUUUUGGUUCUCUUCAGCAGAAACUAUUGUCUAAAUUUAGGUCUGAGAGUCAACCUGUGGAUUCAGUUUCUUUGAGUAACCCCACGAGAAAAGAAGAUGGCAACCUUGAACUGAAUCUGCAAGUUUUUCCAUCUGGCCAAGAUUAUUUCAACCGAACUGGGAUAUCUGGACUUGCACUUAUCCUAAGCAAACAAACUUUUACUACACCAGAUGGAUUUGGGCCAUAUUCUUUCAAUGCAAACAACUAUACAUACUUUACAGGGUCACGCAACUCUGGAAUUAGCAGUGCACACAUUGGAGCAUUAGUUGGAGCAUUAGUUGGUGGAUUAGUCCUCCUUUUGUUGUCACUCGUUAUAGGAAUUUAUGCUUUCCGCCAGAAGAAAAGAGCUGAAAUAGCUGGAAAAAAGAGUGAUCCUUUUGCAUCCUGGGACCCAAGUAGAAGUGGUGGUAGAGUUCCUCACGUGAAAGGAGCCAUAUGUUUCUCAUUUGAUGAACUCAAGAAAUGCACGGAUAACUUCUCUGGAAUGAAUGAAAUUGGACAUGGUGGCUACGGAAAGGUAUAUAGAGGGACUCUUCCCAGUGGACAACUAGUUGCCGUUAAAAGAGCUCAGCAUGGAUCAUCACAGGGUGGUAUAGAGUUCGCAACUGAGAUUGAGCUUCUCUCAAGAGUUCAUCACAAGAACCUCGUGAGUCUACUUGGUUUUUGUUUCGAUCAGGGUGAACAAAUGUUGGUCUAUGAGUAUAUCAUAAACGGCAGUUUGAAGGAUGGUCUUACAGGGAGGACGGGGAUCAGGUUAGAUUGGAUGAGAAGACUUCGAAUAGCUCUUGGAGCAGCCAGAGGGAUUCAUUAUCUGCAUGAACUAGCAGAUCCCCCCAUCAUACACAGGGAUAUCAAAACGAGCAAUAUUUUGCUGGACGAACGUCUGAAUGCAAAAGUAGCGGAUUUUGGUCUCUCUAAGCCUAUGGGUGAACAAGAAAGAAGUCAUGUUACUACCGAAGUCAAAGGCACAGCGGGAUACUUCGAUCCUGAAUAUUACAUGACGCAGCAGUUGACUCAAAAGAGCGACGUAUAUAGCUUUGGAGUAGUACUAUUGGAGCUUUUAACUGCACGAAGACCGAUAGAGAAGGGGAAAUAUAUUGUUAAUGAAGUGAAACAAGCAAUGGAUAAGACCAAGGAUAUGUAUAACCUUGAGGGGAUUCUCGACCCUAUAGUUGCUUCCAAUACCGUUCCAGGGAGCGUCGAGAAGGUCACUGAUCUGGCUCUCAAGUGCAUCCAAGAACCGGGCUUUAACAGGCCAACAAUGGGUGAAGUGCUUAAAGAGAUAGAGAAUAUCAUGGAAUUGGCUGGUCUGAAUCCUAAUGCUGAAUCCACAGCGUCAUCGCAAAGCUUUGACGCAAGGAAAGCCAGCAGCCAUCCUUACACUAGUGAAAGUCUCUCUAGCCACAGUGGAGCUUCUCCUCCUUGAAAGGUAAGAAUUCAACUAGAGUCACACUAUGCUGGAAACCGACCAACGUAUAUAUAGAUUUCGUUUCAAGAUUUGCAGCCUGCAUGUCGUGCGUUUACACGUUAGACAAGCAGCACGGUAGUUCCUAAAACGUGUUUCGCCUCCUGCUCUAUGGCGUUGAUCAUGGUUAACAACGGAGCUUAUGCGAUUGUUUCUUGAGUGAAUGAUUUGAUUUUCUUCUGUAAGAUAUCAGGUUGAUCAAGUGUGUCUGCGCUUGAGAAGAUCAGCAGCACAUUCGCGUUGGCAAUCGCCUUCCUGACAGAUUGUGAGCGUGUGCAUACAUUAUGAAAAGUAAGCAACUACAAGACACAAGAUGUACGUGAUUCCAAGAACUCUCCUAGAUUCUCAAUCGCUCAUGAUUGUAUUCUAAUCGAAUAUUUUUGUUCGCAUUAUAACAAAAUGUUAGUCAUCAACCAUUUAUAUUAGAACACCUGUAAAGUGUCGUAAAUUUGGAUUUACAGACAAUAUUGGGACAGACUCCACGUUCCAAGACAGGAGUAAAGGCCAGUCAUUCUUGGAUCAUGCUUAGAAAUUAUUAAUGCAUUCAUAAUUA